AUGAAAGUGGUCGUCAGCUUGAGCGAACAAAACCUCGGCCAAGAGCUGCUCCAGAAAUCGGAAACUACGCUGGAAUGGACUGAACGGCUUCUCGAGGAAAAACAAGGAGGAAAAGAGGUGCAGAUCCGCUGCCUUUACGCGGUUAAUAACAUGAUCAACGAGACGGAUUGGACUCUUCGCCGCAAGAAAUCGAAUGACGUAAUCUACGAGUACGCGCAAAACAACAACGAAGCAGAGCUAUCCACCAAAUCGUCCCAAAUUUUGGAGCUCAUCAAUGUCUCUCAAGAACAAUAA